AUGGGCUUUCUUAUAGCUUAUGUCUUUAAUUUAUCGCCGUGUUCUGGUGAUGAAAUGUUCGAGACCAUAGGCCUUGCGAUAAUUCAUUUUGAAGGGCUUAACACCAAUCGUGUAUCAAAGUGUAACCAAAAUUGGCACCAAGAAAGUAAACAAGUGGCUAUGGAGCUCAUUCAGAAGGUAUCCCAGGGGCUAUGGGAGCUGGAGAAUUGCGAUACUGUGAACAGUGUGGUAGUCUUGGGCAAGGAGUAUCCGCCCGUGCCCGAACAACGACAGGAGGAGCGGCACGAGAAUGGAGUGAACAUGUUCCAACAUAUAUUCACGCGUCAGGGACGGUGGAAUGAAGAGUUUUUGGCGGAUGUGCACACACGGCUGCAUUUUACAUACCGGACAAGGUUCGUGCCCAUACCCCGGCAUCCGAAUGGCCCAUCACCUAUGAGUAUCAGCGUCAUGCUGCGGGACAACCCGCUGAACGUGAUCGAGAACGUGCUGAACAACCCCGAUUGCUUCCAGACCGAUAUCGGCUGGGGAUGCAUGAUCCGGACUGGGCAGUCGCUGUUGGCUAAUGCGCUACAGCGCGCGUGUUUGGGGCGGGACUUCCGCAUCGACGAUAAUGCUGCUAACGAGCAUGAGCUGCGGAUCAUUAAAUGGUUUGAAGACGACCCAAAGUAUCCUUUUUCCUUGCACAAGUUUGUGCAGGAGGGCUUUUCAUUGUCCGGUAAAAAGCCAGGGGAGUGGUUUGGGCCAUCUGCGACCUCGCGUAGCAUCCAAGCGCUGGUGGCCAAGUUCCCAGCAUGUGGUAUCGCUCAUUGCGUUAUUUCGACCGACUCAGGGGACGUGUAUAUGGACGAGGUGGAGCCGCUGUUUAGGGCAGACCCCAGUGCUGCUGUGCUGCUACUACUGUGUGUGCGCCUUGGCGUUGACGUCGUGAACGAGGUCUACUGGGAACAUAUACGGCAUAUCCUUUCAUCUGAGCACUCGGUCGGCAUUGCGGGAGGCCGCCCGUCGUCGUCCCUGUACUUCUUUGGGUAUCAGGAUGAGCACCUUUUCUAUCUCGAUCCGCAUAAACCACAGCUCAAUCUCGCAUCCUACCAGCAGGACUUGGAUCUCUUCCGCAGCGUGCACACGCAGCGGUUCAACAAGGUGCAUAUGUCUGACAUUGAUCCGUCUAUGCUAAUCGGCAUUCUUCUCAACGGGAAAGAUGACUGGCAGCUCUGGCAGCAGCACAUAGCCAGCUCGCAGAUUAUUCAUCUGAGUGACAGCAAACCGGUAGACCUCAUGCUGGACCAUCAGCUGGAGUCCGCGAUCCUAGGCGACCGCUACCUGUCUGAAGACGGGCAGGGCCCGUCCAGCAAGGUGGACACCGGCGACUACAUCGAUGUCGGAAGCUUUGUACCGUGCACGGACUCCUCCUGCAAGAUAAACGAGUCCGAAGAUGAGUACCAGGACGUCAAAUGCAAGAAUCAGCGCAUAGUGGUGGUGGGAGAAACCACCACCAACGGCAGCCCGGAGGUGGAGGUCGAGAAGGUCCUCGUGGAAAAGGAAACCAUCCCCGUGCGCAGCAAGUAG